UGUGUCCACACGCCUGUCAUAGUUCUGCUUCCACCGACUGGAUUGUUUUGUGUGUGGUUUUUUCCCUCGCUGUGCCGAUCUGGUCGGUGUCAGAGUGAGCCCGGCCAAUGAACGCGGCUGUGCUGUCGCUUCAUAUUGAACGUGGUUUUCCCAGAUGCCCUUGGCGGGGAUUUUUCCAGCCGUCUCAAAGACUCGUUUGGAACCCCCUGACGGUGGGAUCCCGCACGGGACCGGCUCUGGAGUGCCCGAGGAGCUCGGGAAGGCUGAGGAAAGGGGCGGGGCGGGUCCGGAUGCCGGCAAUCCCAACUCUCCGCACGGGAGGGAAGCAGAGCCCGACAGAGCGCGCUCGGAGCAGCGGAGCCGCCGCCGGCCGGGAAAGCUGCGGGAUGGGAGAGGAUGCGGUGAGGAUGGAGAGCGGGCAGGGCCAGCAGGGAGGAGGAUGCGAUGGGGACAGGCAGCAGGAAAGGGGAGCCGGCAUGAGGAUGGCAGUGGGAUAGAGCCAGGAAGCUCAGCUGAGCGUUCAUUGGACCAGGGGAGGUUUUGGCAAUGAUCUCGGAGCCCUUCCCGGAAUUGGGAGUUACUUCUGAGAAGCACCCAGCUGCUUCAGCAGCACUGCCGGCACUGCCAGCAUUGCAGUGUCACCAGCACCACCAGCAUCCCUCUGCUGCUGGAGGGACCACGAUCUCUCGGGGAAGAGAAAGGGGGAAUGGUGGAAACCUGUCGGGAGAGGGAAGGAUAUUAGAGAAUGGGACAUUCUGCCGGGAAGGCAUGUUUCUAAUCAGGAGGAAAUGAGCAGCCAAUUACAAAAUUCCGUCUGUCGAUUGUGUGGCAAACGCCACUUCCUUAGUGGAUAAAAACAAAAAAAAAACCCCAUAACAAACGACUGUGUAAGUGGAACUCUGACGUAGCCAAAGAUGCAAUUUCCGACUCCUCUGACUCAACCGAGCUUUAGAAGCAGCACCAGGAGAGGGCACGGAGAGGAGCCAGCGGGAUGGGAGUGGGGAGCUCCCCGUGAUCUGGGCACUUUCUCCUUCAUGUUACUGACCCGGGAGGAGCCGCUUUAGGAUAUGGAUCCCAAAGGAGUAAGGGGCACCAGGAGGCGCCGCUGAUCUGCACAGACCCCCUUUGCCUGCUGCUGCCCCACUGUGAACAGGGAGCUGCAGAGGAGCCGCAUGGUCCAUCCCGGGAUUCUCCAAGCACUGACUCCCCAUCCACUCUGACCACAGCCAGGGGCCACAUCCCACUGCCUGCCCAGCGUCCAUCCAUGGAGGUGACCACCGUGUCCCCAUCUCCUGCCUCACCCACUGAAUGGGACAAUGUCUGUGAGAUUGAUGUCACCGAUGUGGCCGUAGACAGUGUGACACUGCUCGUCUGCCUCUGUGGGCUGGUUGGAAACGGGGCUGUCCUCUGCCUUCUCCGAAGGAACCCCACCACUUUUUACAUCAUCAACCUGGCCUUUGCCAACUUCACCUUCCUCUACUUCAUGGUCCUCUCCACCCUGCUCUACCUGUCGGAGGAAUUGUCCUGCUCCACUAUCACACCCUUGGUGUUCCUGAGGGCACUUUUACCGCUCUUGCUGUUCUCCUACAACCUGGGGCUGUACCUGCUCACGGCCAUCAGCAUUGACAGCUGCACAUCCGUCCUCUGCCCGCUCUGGUACCGCUGCCGCCGUCCCCAGCGCCUGUCGUGGGUGGUGUGCGCCCUGCUCUGGGCAUUCUCCAUCGCUCUCAUUGUCACAGUGACUUGCCUGUGCCAGUCACAGGAGCACGAGCACUGCCGGGUGUCUCUCACCUCCAUGUACGCCCUCAACCUCUUCCUCUUUGCCCCAGCCAUGGUCAUUUCCACCACAAUCCUCUUCAUUAAGGUCAAGUGUGUCUUCCAGCAGCAGCAACCCAAGAGGCUCAACACUGUUAAUUUCCUCUUUGUGCUCUUCUUCCUCCUCUUUGCUCUCCCCCUCGGCCUCUCCAAUUUCCUGCAGCAGCUCGGUUACAUCUUUGCGUCCUCCCAGGUUUUUUUCCUGCUCUCCUGCAUCCACAGCACCAUCAACCCCUUCAUCCUGUUCUUGGCAGGGAGGUGCUGGAGGCCCUGCUCUGUGCAGUCCCUCCGGCUCUCCCUCCAGAGGGUCUUUGAGGAGCCAGAAGAAAACACUGCCCACAGCCAUGAUCCUGCCAUGGACACAGCGAUCCCAGGCUGUUGAUCCCUUCCACUGCUCUGCUGAAGGACCCUGGGAGAGUGGCUCAGGGUUUCCUUGAGCCACCUGAUUAAUAAAUAUCCACGGGAUCCCCCUCUCUGUGGUGCUGUGAUCCCACAGGAGAAGGGAGCAGGGGCAUUCCCAAGGAUGCACAUUUCCUCCUCUCUCACGGGUCCUACAGCACUAUUCCCCAAAAGGGAUCAUACCCUACAGGGCUGUGAUCCCCAAAUCCCCCUGGCACCUGGUUCUUGCAUCCCACUGCUGUCUGAUAUCAAUAAACAUCUUUGUU